AUGGACUCAAGUUCUGUGCAAGUGAAGCCGGAGGUCGCCGCCUCGAUCUUCAGAAACGGAUUCCUGCGCGACGCUCCGAUGAGCCUGAACUUUGACGAAACCAUGUUCGCAAAGCUCGGCAGCUGCCUGGAGGAGGUUUGCGAAGGGAAGCUGGAGGAGGAGAACAAGGAACUGCUGAAGCAAAAGCUGGAGGAUGCCUUGGCGGAGCUGCGCAAGAAGUCGCCUGAAGACUUCCGCAAGGGGCUCGAGGAGCUUCCGCCAGAUCGCCACGAGGAUGUCCAGGCCCUCCCCACCUUCGUGCAGAAUCUCAUCAGCGCCCAAAGGAUGGAAGUCGGCUGCCAUCCAGAUCUUCUCCUCCUCACUGGCGAGCUGGCGAAGAGAAUUAAGGAAGUCGUUGGCGGGACCGGCGAGCCUUCAUCAUCGGUCUCGAAUGUCAACAACUACAAGCCACCCAGGGGCGAACCUUAUGAUCCGAGGAGGAUUUGUGACAGCAAGGAGGCGCUGAUCUACACCGGCAACGGUAUCGGUGCAGAAGAGUACAACUCCUAUGCAGCUUUCUGCAAGGGCCAUCAAGAUAUGGAGAGCCGGAUGAUCCCAUUCUCCGGGGAGGUGGCGAAAGCUGACGAUUCGCGUCGCAGGAUGAUUUCAAUUUCAUGCCUGCGAUGUCUGGAGCUACGGCUCCACCCUUUCGCCUUGUUCAUCUUGAACCAGCGUCCUCACACUGCUAGCACAGUAGCCGGACGUCUUUUGUCCGUCGCCGCCGCUCAGCAGGUUUGGAGUCCUGACAAGACGGAAAGCACUUUGCGGCUCUUGGCGGAAUGCAUGUGGAAGGUCAUUGCGGCCUUCCGCGAGUGGAUUACACCGAAGCUCAUCAAGCCGCAGCUGUGGCCACAGGUGGCUCGGAAUUUCCCCAACACUGCAGGCUCCCAAACCUUGCUGAUGCGGUUGCUGGACGCGCUGCUGUUGAUCGAGGAUCCGACCGACGAAGAGUUCAAGCGGAAUGCGCGCGCUGUGCGGGAGCGCUGCACCAAGGUGCAAGGUGAGCGCCUCGACUUUUUGCUCGAGGCGGUGGAUGCUUGGCUUCCCCUCCUCCACAGCAGCGAAGCGAACACGCAGCUUUACAAGCACUGCCAGUUCUUGCUGCUGCUCUUGCGAGCAGUGCACCUCCGCCGCAUCUUGCAGAUUGGAGGACCUAACCAGUCAUUGAAAAAGAGGCUGGAGACUUUGAGCUAUCAAAUCCUGAAGGCCAUUGAUCCAGACCUGGUUUCGAAGGAGAGGAUCAUACUGGAGGUCGAUGGUGUGCGCCGCGACUGUACGCAGUACGUACGCGAAAGCCUUCAUCCAGCAGGAGAUGCGAUCUUGAUGGCUUCCAACGGCAAGGACGUCACCGACUUUUUCCAUGCUGUUCAUGCGAAAAAGACAAAGGAAGUGAUGAUCAAGCAUUGUCCAGAAGUCCGUCCGGCUCAUCGCCUAACGAGAUUUUGGCAGGCAGUUCGUGGCAUGCUGGGGAGCUGA